ACCAUUCAUUUCAGAAAUGAAGGAAUUAGAGAAAGGAAAGGUGAUGACUGUCCAAGGAUAAGAUGUAUGGAUAAUUGCUGGUUUAGGCGUUAUUAUGGCAAAUUUACCUCAAGGUAAUGAUAUGACAGGAGUACUAAGACAUAAUGCAAAUAAGGGUUGUCGUACUUGUAAAACUACUAAAGAAUCAUUGAAUGCUCACAAUAAAGAUAUCGUAACAACAUUACGUUAUCAUCAUAUUACAGACGAAGAAAUCUUAAAAAUUUCUCAUGAGACUAUAAUGUCAAGAAGAGAUCAACUUUGUACGGAAUAUGGUUUACGAUCAUUAACUAGUAUUUUAGAUAAAUUAAAAAGGGAAAGACAUUUACAGACGCCGCAGGAUGUUUAUCAUGUGACUGCAGGAAAGAUUGGGUGGCUACUAAAAUUAACUUGUGAAUUAUUUUUACGAGAAGGAGAAGAUAAUUUUAUCGAAAUUUGGAAAAAUUUUGAAAUCCCAAAAAGAUGGUCUCGCUUACCAAAUCUGAUUACUUACUACAAUAGUUUUAUGAUGUUGGAUUUACUUAGAUUAGCUAUGAUUAUACCAUUUUUGUUAAACCAGUUUUUAAAAGAAUCAAGUAUUAAACGUAAUGAAACAGCCAUGAUUCAACAAAGAAUUGAUGCAUUUAGAGUUAGUUCAGUUCCAAAAAUUAUUAUAUCUUAUUGGAUACAUGUUGCAAAAACUAUAAAAGCGGUUUUUAACAAGAAAUUUACAUCAGAUAGCUAUGAGGAAUUGCAACAAUGUCUUGAAGAAGAGUUUUCAAUCCUUCCAAAGGUUUUUGUAAAUUUUGUUAAUUUACCAAACAUACACGUUAAUAUGCAUCUUUUGAUGCAUGCUAAAACCUUUAGAACACUUA